UUUAAGAUUUAUUUAGUAAUAUGAACCGCAGGUUUUCAACGGCGAAAAACAAAUUAUCAAUUCAAUGUCUUCAGGGUGAUCAAAAUAUAUGCACAUUGAAUCAACGAACCAGCGUUAUUUUUCACCACGUGAUAAUAAUAUCGGCUGCAACGUAACAAACGUUUUCGCGCCAAAUUUUCUACAUAUACCAGAUCGACUACCACUCAAUAUUCAUUUUCGACAGUUAAACACUUUGGUUAAUAAGACUUAAAUGUGGAAAAUAGAGCGCUUAACAAGCAUCUGCCCUCUGUGUAUACUUGAUUGUGUAUAGUAUUGCCAAUCUUACAAAUUGAAUUGGCGGGCUGUCAAUACAUCAAUAUCCAGGGAUGAGCGUGUGACAAAAAAAUUACAAAGAAUUAUUCAUUUUUUCUUAAAUUAGGACACAACUUUUUCAAUUUAAAAUGGACAGUAAACCGAAACCAAAGCUUAUAGUUUUCGACCUAGAUUACACAUUGUGGCCAUUUAGGGUAGACCGAAAAAAUAAUGUAGAGCCUCCAUUUAACCGAACGCCUGACGGUAAAGUGUUUGACGCCAACAGUAGGGAGAUCAAAUCAUUUCCAGAUAUUGAUCAUAUUUUAUAUAAACUACACGAUGAGGGAUACAAAUUAGCAAUCGCAUCAGAGGCAUUCUAUAAAGACGAAACUAGAAGACUUGUAUCUUACUUUGGAUGGGAUGAAUACUUUGACUACAUAGAAAUCUACCCCGGAUCAAAAAUUACUCAUUUCUUACAAAUUAAAAAAGAAAGUGGUAUUGAGUUUCCAGAUAUGAUGUUCUUUGACGAUGAGAGAGAUCACCUCUCUGAAGUAGCACAUACGUGUUUAGGAGUGACCUGUAUCUGGGCCAAUCGUGGAGUGUCAGAAGAAAUUCUAGAUGAGGCUUUUCAAGCUUUUGUAAACAACCAUUCAGACAACAUUAAUACCAGUACUCUAUCUAUAAACAGUGUAGAUUCUGACGAAUCACAAAGUGAAACAACUGUGAUUUAUUGUCACAGACGUAGGGGGUCACGUGCGUCCAUACAAUAUGACGUCCCUCCUGUCAUCGAUCGGGCAAUACGACUACGCGGACGAAGAAUGUCAGCGCCUGCUUUAAGUAUAAACUUGAAAGACAACAAAAAGAUGUUUGCCUGUCCCGAAAUUAUUGAAAACUAAAGUUAUUAACCAAGAACAAGACGUAUGAAAAUAGAGUAGAACAUAAUCCAAACGCUGAUGACGCAGUCGACACUUUUGAAAAUCUGACUCUUCCAAGCGUUUGAUGUAAUAUUUGACGACUAUAUAUUCAUAGAAAUCUGAGAUAACCUUGACUUCUUGAAGAAUUCAGGAAUGUGUUGAUAAAUAUUGGUGCAUUAAUUGUUUGACUUGUUUGUCGAUAUUGAUGUUAAACUUGAUGGAUAGUAUAUCAAUCACUCAUCACUACACUUAAUGAUCAAGGCAAACUAGAGAACAUUCAUACAACACCUAGUUGAAAUGACCAUCUGUUUACUAUCAAGACGCCAUUAGAUAAUCGCUUGGGAGAUUGUCCAAAUAAAAAAAGGACAUCCAACUAUUCAAUCAUUCAUCUUCUAUCCCAUCCCUCGUUUAUGAUAUGUUAGGUAUCUGGUCAUAUUGCCAACAUAUUCUUUUUCUGCUUUAAGUUUAGAUUGUAUAUAAAACUACGAAAGCCUGUACAAAACGCAAAGGAUAUAUAUGUUUACUUAUUUUGUAAAAUAAAUAGUUUAAUUUUUAACGGUCUAGACACAUGUUUCAUACUUAAUUUUUAACGGUCUAGACACAUGUUUCAUACUAGAUACAUUUUUUUGUAUACAUGCAAUUAAGAAGCAUAAACUACUUAAAUAGAUACUUUUUUUUCAAAAUGCACACAUGUCCGUCAUUUUAAGUAUUUUUAUAGUUUUUUUUUUAAUUGUUCACAUCCAUACUGGAAGAAGCUGUCUGAAUCACAGGGAACAAAUAUCUUUAUUGUAAGAUCUUUUUCGUACAGAAAAGAAGUCGGGAAUGGGAAGAUUUAAGUGACCCAUAAAUAGAGGGGAAAAAAAGAAAAUACAUGUAUAUGAAAACCAAACACAAUUUGUGCCAAAAAGUUCCACCUUUAGAUAUACAAAUUGAUGUAGACGUUAUCAGUGUAUAUAUUAGCAUGAAUAUUACGACCAGCUGAACAUUUUUUCUUAUUAAUAGGUAUUCAUAUAGAAUAAAUAAUAUAUUAAUUGUU